AUGCGUCUGCCUCCUGGGGAUUGGGUUGGUACUUCAACAGCAACGGAGUUUGCUGCUGCUGCUGGAUAUCCAAAAGGACCAUUCCAGGGCAGAAGCAACUUAAGCCAGAGCACUAGGCACCGAGCAGCAGCAACAAACCAGAAACAGCAAAAACUCUUGGUGCAUCGGGAAGCUCGCGGAGUGUCUGCUUCCUCUCCGGCAACAGCAUCAGCGAAUACGGCGCUGCCCAUGAGCGGUAGCACCACAUUUUUAGUGGGAAAUCCCAGUGAAACGGAGCACGUGCAUCCCAGCACUCAUGUUUCCAUGAAGCAGGCACAACAGCAGGUGCCGCAGCAGCGAGGGGGGCUGCAUGGGUUGGCGCAGUGGACCUCUGCCAGCAGCGCCUCCUUUCAUGCAGCAACAGUGGACGACGGAGAUAAGAACUGGCCUCCCCUGUCGCGUCAGAGCACGUCUACGCAUGCAGGCACUUCAGCGACGGUGACAGAUGCCGUAGAUGAUGCUGCUACAGCAAUGGACGUUCUUUGGCAGUCCUCUGAAUUAAUGCGUCUCUCGCGGCUCCUACUGCGCGCCAUAGACCAGAUCUGCUGCACCCGAACCGCCUGCAGCAGCCAGAUCAGCAGCGGUGAACGUAGCCGAAGGAGCUGCAUGCCCUCCUCAGCUAGUGGUGUUGCUGCUCUACGGGUUGAGGAAGGCGCUCGAACGAACAAAGCGGCAGGCAUGGCAACUUCCCCAAUAGAGGCCACCGACUUGGGAGCCGCUCAGCAGCAGCUGCUACGACUCGCUGCGGCUGCGCGGCGCUGCAGCUCGCGUGUGUGGGUGGCUGUGACGUCUGAAGCACCAGGCGAUGACAGUGCAAGUGCCUUGCAUCACCAAGAAGACGCCACUGCGGCUGUGCUUGCUGCCUUCUCCGCCGUCGCUGCCGAGGCUACAGCAGCAGAAAUGCACCCCGUUUUGCAGUCCAGUCCUGAGCAGCGACAGAGGCUGCAGCGACAGGUGCGGCAGCAGCUGCUGCUACAGCAGAUCCAGCACAACGGCGGAGGCGGCAGAAUCGACAUGCGAUCUGCUGUACUGCAGCAACUUGCACAGGCAGAGAAGUCGGGUUCGGCUGCAGCAGACCCUUACAGUGCCAGCGGUAAUAGCAUGCACAGACAGCAGCAGCAGCAACACGAAGUG